CGCACGCGGAAGUGGACAAUCAAUUUCCUUUUCCUAUAAUUUUUCAAAUAAACAUUUGAUAAAGUUCGUAAGAACUCAAAAAUUGUUUUGAAAAUUUGUUUUUUGUUCCAAAUACUCGCGGUUACUUUAAUUCGUGCCUGAUAAAAUGGAAGUGACGGACUUAAAUGAAUUGCUGAGUGUGCGUUCAAUUAAAAUGGAAACGGGAAAUAAUUUCGUUGAUGACGAAAAUGUUGACGACGGUGAUGCCUUAUCCAUAAUUCCCCAAUAUGUAACAGAGUCAGACUUGGGUCUAAUUCAAACUGGUUCAGAGAUCUUAGAAGCUGCACCAUUGGAAGUUUUUGCAGAUACACCAGAAGAUGAAGAUGCUCUUCCAGGCACAGAUACUUUUGAAGAAAUAGUACAAAUAAUGGAUAUCAGAACAAGGUUGUCACAGUUAAGGACAAUGUUGGAGCAAAGACUGAAUUUAAAUCUAUCUGAUUAUACUUUUUGGCUGCAAGAUGCAAAAAUGUUGGAGAGCCACAAAACACUAGUCGAGCAAUGUAUAAGAGGAUCAGGCGUUGUUCAAGUAAACAUACAACUUCACCCAGCUCAGAAAAAGAUUAAUAUCGUUGAUGUUUUAAAACCUGAUGAUGAAUUACUGCAAUUACCGACGGUUGAAGAUGACCUCGAAACAGAACCAGUCCCCAUACCAGAAACGCACAUAGCUGAAGAAGUAGAAACUGUUCAAGAAAUGGAAACUAAUGAGGCGGAGGUGUCUCCGCCACACGCAGUAGCUGUGAAAUGGUUUGUGGAUGAACACUUCAAAUCUGAACAUGCUAAGGCGAAAAUACCAGAUGAUCCUUUGAAUUGGUCGGUACAACACGUCAAGCUCUGGAUACAAUGGGCCGUGCGUCAAUUCAAUUUGACAGGUGUAAAACUCUCCGCGUGGAAUAUAACGGGACGGGAUCUUUGUAAUAUUACACAUUUGGAUUUUAAAGAAAAAGUUCCAUCCGAUCCAGGUGAUCUAUUUUGGACGCAUUUAGAACUUUUAAGGAAAUGUAAAUUUAUUGCUGUGAUACAAAAUAACGAAGCGCCUCAAACCAAAGAAGUAUUAGGAACUCCACAAUGCGCUAUCAAGAGGAAACCAAAUAAGGUAAUAAUAUGUCCGCCAAAUAGUGAAGACUGGUCCCGUAUGUCGCCUAGAACGGGCAAUAACGGGCAAGUGCAAUUAUGGCAGUUCCUGCUCGAGCUGCUCACCAGCGCUGAACACUAUGACCUUAUACGGUGGGAAGGUACGAGUGGCGAGUUCAAGCUCUUGGAUCCCGAAAGAGUAGCCACCUUAUGGGGUAUAAGGAAACACAAGCCGGCGAUGAAUUAUGAGAAAUUAUCGCGCGCUCUACGAUACUACUAUGACGGGGACAUGAUCGCCAAAGUACCUGGAAAGAGGUUCGUCUACAAAUUUGUCUGCGAUUUGCGGCAAUUAUUAGGAUACGAUGCAGCGGAGCUGGCCGAACUAGUUAAGGAGCUACACGAUACAAUGAUAAACUCAUAGUAAGGUUUACUCACGUUAAAAUUGUUACCGAUGUUAUGUUUGGUUAAGUUUUUUAAAUGUGUUCGGUUCUGUUUGCGAUAUAUUUAUAUAACAAUAUGUUAAAAAUCUCAAAUCGAGUGGAAAAUAAACGGAAAUGCAGUGUAUAUAAAUGGAGGUAGUUUAAAAGACAGAUGUCAUGUCGCAUUUGGUUGUGAUUGGUCGAAGGCUACAGCAUAAAAAUGCCAAUAAAUAAUUAUAAUUUAACUAAUUGAAAAAAUUAUAACUAUUUUAAAAAAAUUGCAUUCGUUUCUAUCUGGUCUUGCGCAGAAUUGGAAAGUGUUAAGUAGCGAAAUUUGCGACUGAUUCUAAUAAUAAUAAUUGAAUCAAUUUAAAACUUUUAUUAUAUUAUUGUUUCUGUGGUCAUACAAUUUUUUUUACAUGUUUUGUGCACUGUAGGCCUCCUACGUGUUCCAGCUCUCUACGCUUCUUUCUAUCUCUGGAAUCUCUUGACCAUACAGCAUCCAGUACAGACAUAUUCUAUGUUUGAUGACAAAAAUAUAAUCCUUUCCUAAUAUUUCCUGGUACUCAACGCCUCAUAAAUUUGUAUAGAAAGUAUUUGUUUUGCGUAAGUGGGACACGCAUGUCGAAAAGUGAUUUUGUCUCAAGCCAUGUGUAUGCUGGAUUAUCAUGAACCCAUAGUCUUUUAGGUCUUCCAACCUUCCUAGUGAGUUGCGACACAAUUAGUUAGACCAAUCACAGUCGAAUUUUAUACGAUAGCUGAUCAUUACAUCGAAAUAUAUAUAGUUAAUUUCGAAAACGCUUUAACUCUACCUGAUUAUUUUAAAUAUUGUUAAUUAUUAUAGGUUUAUUAAGGCACAAAUGCAUGAUCAUUGUUCAACACCUCGAUAUUGCUAAUAAAAGAAUUCGAGGUGACUUCAUUAUGACAAAUCUGGAAAAUAACGUAUUUCGUAUAGUUUAAUCGAUAUGUAUACUCGAUGUGCGAUGCGACGUUGCUGCAUUCAAGGUCCGUUACGUCAAAAUCCUAUUUAUUUUUGACACAUUUAUAAGUCUCAACUUAGAACCUUACCUCGUGUGUUUUUACCCGGCAAAAAUGUAUCAAUCAUGUCAAUAGUCUCUAGUCCAUGCCCGUUGACACGUUACGUCUGAUUGACGAAUGACAGUUGACGCGUCUUGCGUCAUUCGUUUUAGAUUCUCACAGAUUAUAUUUUCUCACAAUAUGAGCGCAAAAUUGCACAAGGAUGUGAGCGUCAGGAUUUUGUUUAAAAAAAAUGAUUUUUUUUUCUAAUUAAAAGCGAAUCUGAGGAAAUGACAGUUAAGUUAACAAAGCCGUCUAACCGUCCUUUAAAUUUACACAAAUUGGGUUCGACAUGCACAUAUAAUAAUGUGAUUCACAAACGCUAUAAGUAAAUUAUUGCACAGACUUGUGUAAUUGGAUAACAAACACGCGUUAUUAGUGGUUAUAGAUUAAGUGAAUAUGUAAAUAUGUACAAAUAAAUUUUAUAAUUGUU